GAUGACAUGAACUUAUUUGUUGUUACUGGAAGGCGAGGGUAGAGUGUGGGAAGAAGGGUCCGGUUUGAGCGAUUGAUUUCGAAAUUUUGAAAGAAAAUACAAGGCUUUGUUUUCCCAGGUUUCAACGAUAAAAUAACAGAGGUGGGGUGAAAAGCGGUGAAGUAGGUGAAUAUGGACGAACUCAGGCAUCAAGUGAUGAUCAACCAGUUUGUUUUGACUGCUGGUUGUGCUGCUGAUCAAGCGAAGCAGCUUCUUCAAGCGGCUCACUGGCAAUUCGAGGUAUGCGAUGUGUUAUGUUUAUUUGUGUGCUGGUUUCAUGACGAUGCAGCUAACCAGCUACUUUAGCUAGCUAACAAAGUCAAAAAAAGAGAAGUUCUCCAAAAUUAGUGAAUGGCGAUUUUUCUUUAAAACCAUGUAACUAAACCCCAGUCAUACGACCAUGCUUUUACCCUGGAUAAUCCGGAAGACCUGGUCUAACGUUAGGAAAUGCGGUGUUUGCCAUCGAAUUUCUGUUGAGUAAUCCAUUGUCAUUGAUUUUUCGUUUUGACUGUUUUCCCACUAGUUAACGUUAACUAGCUGGGAAAUUGUUGCUGCUAACGUUAUUGUUUUGACAGCUGUAUUGGUUACAUUGGUUAUUUUAUGUUAGGUUUUUCAUUUUGAUUCUAUUCAAUAUUACUUUUUAUUAUCUAACUAGCCAUGGUUGCAGUUGAUAGUAGUGUGAUCCGAUUUCUUUCAAUGCCAUAUGAACAUCAGCAAUUUCGAACGUCUAAUUUAGCUCGCUACAAUAAUAGUGCAACCGGCUUUUGGUAGCUAACUAGCUAUCCAGAGAGCGAAUUUGCUAGAUAAGGUAACGUUAGAGCGAGUUACUUCAAUUAUCUCUGAAUAGUUGAGUGUCCAGAAAUAAAAUACCUGGUUGAAGUUUUUGAAACCAUAACGUUAACUUUGUUUACAUUUUUGACUUGACACGACCAAACACGCGAAGGCAGAGGCACUUCCGGUCCAGACCCCAUUGUUGUAGUAAGUAAAAGAUGUCUCAAACGUUGCCUUUGUUUUUUGAAGAUUCUCACUGCACUGAAAAUGUGUAGGCUAUUUAGUGUAAUAACAUGUAUGUUACAUAGCUAGCACACACAGCAAUUCAUUCCUCAGUCACAACUGGUAAGAUUUAUGACCAGUCAAUACACACUCACAAUUUUGGAACAAGCUUCUACUAGUUAUAACUUUCCAUAUCUGGCUGCAUAAGAGUAGUGCACCAAGAAACACACUCACAAACACACAUUUUAAAGAACAUUGUGUUUAUAAUUACAAGGUUAGGGAAAAGGGACACAGCGGACCUCCUGGAUUGACUGUACUCUUGUCCAGGAGUGUUCAUAGGGGAUAUCUAUCUUUAGGCAGAUUGCGGUGCAUUAUCCUUCGUUGUUCAUAUCCAGAACUCCUAAUCCUGGCUCAGAGAUGCACACUGUUUGAACAGGCAUUUAUUCUAAGCUGACACACAGCUUGACCCUUUUCAAUCAUGGCUUCACCCAGAGCAGCAAGGUGGAAUUGUCAUUUGAAUGAACAUAUAAUAGUAACAUACUUUUUAAAAAAUCAAUAAUUCACUACAUGAUAUGAAAGAAAAAUCCAGUCUAUGUUGAAGCACACCCUAGAGUAAUGUAUAAUGAAAAGUAUGCAAAGCCGUGUAGGCUAUAUCCACUCCUGUUUGAAGAGCUCAGCUGGCCACUGGUUUGAAAUAUUCAACAGGGCCCUAAGUAUGGACAACAGAGAGAUGCUGAGAAGAUCUGAGGCAUCAGGCCUCUGCUUCCAGCUGGUUUCCCAAACACACCUCCUCUCUGUCUAAUGACCAAGCUUUUGUUAGUGCGUACGGGCCAGCAGAAGUGGCUGGGCCAGGUGGUUUGAAGUGGCUGAGGAGGCUGCUCAGCUCCUCCCGAGAGUCAGCCUGCAGCUUGAUUGGAUCGGAUGCAUUGCAGAGACCACCUAGCCUCCUCUGGGCAACCUGUCCGGCUCAAGGUCAAAAGGCUAGUUGUCUAUGGCUGGGCUGAGCUCCCCCAGGUGCUGUUGGCUAAGGAGUGGAGGGUCAGAGACUGUCAGACUCAAGGCUUCUCAUUAUUGUCAUCUGAACAGGAGCAGAGGUGAAAACAGUUGUUGACGAUUAGAGGAAUAGGAAUGGUUAGGAAUGUGGCACGUGUAAUAAUGCAUCUCACAAAAUAUGUAUGUAUAUUGUAUUGUAUACACUGAGUGUACAAAACAUUAGGAACACCUGCUCUUUCCAUGACAGACUGACCUGGUGAAAGCUAUGAUCCCUUAUUAAUGUAACUUGUUAAAUCCACUUCAAUCGGUGUAGAUGAAGGGGAGGAGACAGGUUAAAUAAUGAUUUUUAAGCCUUGAGACAUUGAUUGUGUAUGUGUGCCUUUCAGAGGGUGAAUGGGCAAGACAAAAUAUGUAAGUGCCUUUGAACGGGUUAUGGUAGUAGGUACCAGGCGCACCAGUUUGAGUGUGAAGAACUGCAACGCUGCUGGGGUUUUCACACUCAACAGUUUCCUGUGUGUAUCAAGAUUGGUCCACCACCCAAAGGACAUCCAGCCAACUUGACACAACUGUGGGAAGCAUUGGAGUCAACAUGGGCCAGCAUCCUUGUGGAAUGCUUUCGACACCUUGUAGAGUCCAUGCCCCGACAAAUUGAAGCUGUUCUGAGGGCAAAGGGGGUGCAACUCAAUAUUAGGAAGGCGUUCCUAAUGUUUUGUGCACUCAGUGUAUAUAUUGUGUAUACAUAUUGUAUUAUACAUACAUAUUGUAUAUAGAGACACUAUAUACACAUACACAUACAGUAUAUACAAUAUCAAAAUGUAUUAGUAAAUUGAAUGCCUUUGUGGCUAGGCAUCUUUCUAUGAUGUCAGUAUAAUGUCCGUCUCACAGCAGUGUUCACCUAUUUUUAUUUAGCCUAUUUCUAUUUCAGGCUGUUUUUUUAGGUAUGUUUUUGUUAUUGUUUGCUGCGCCCUCAUUUAGAAGCCUGUUCAAUUCUUCUGCUUUUAUAUAGGCCUAGUGCUGGGCUUCAUUGCAGUGUUUUUCUAUCAGUCACGUUACAUAAGCAACACUGUCAUGUCUCUUCUCUGCUCCAUUGGUAGGUUCACUGCUACGUAAGGUAAUGGAUGCUCUCACUUAAAGCCCAUGAGUAGUACUGAAACCUUUAUGCCGAUGCUCUUAGAUAUGGUGUUGCACUGUGUGUUUGUAACCUACAUUAUCUGUGUCUGAAACGGCACCGUUGUUGAUGGUCUUGGAUGUACACAGAAACACACUUAAAAAAAACAUAAAUAGACAAAGAACAGUGUGAUCCCAGUAGCCUGGUAGACAAUGGCAGUGCAGCACAUUCAUGUUGAUAUGUGUGUCACGUUGAGCAGCAGACAUUCCUGCACUGCUGCUGCUGUUGUCAAACAACCACAGAGCUUGGUGUGUGGGGGGAGGGGACGGCUUUAGCCGGGAGGGGAAACCACACAUUCAUUGAAGUGUUCGCAAAGAGAGACUCUAGUGAAGGGAAAUGGAGGCUAGGCAAGGGACUAAGGUUUAGCUAGACAUGCUGUCAUUCUAGUAGUAGGCUGCAGGCAGUUCUUUUAAUCCGGUUACUAAGACACAUUCAUAUUAGAGGCGAUUUGUAUACCAAGGAAGGACACAGCAUUUGUCAAUUUUCCACCUCUUAAAAAGAACAUGAAUCAUGGGCCAGUCAGACUACUUGAAUCAUAAAACAGGUAUCUUGCAAUAAAAUCUGAUAAACUACUAAGGAUAUGUUUUGGUAUCAGUUUGUAUUUUUGUUUCCGGACCAUGGUGUCCUUACCAGGCUGGCCUUUGUUUCAUUCUGUUGUGAAUACAAUGGAAGUUGCCUAUGGACUUCCUUGUUUGUGUUCAAGGGCAGCAACUGAAAGUAGGCCUACUUGUUUACAUUGAGUGUUUCCUCAUAGCCCGUCAGAGCAAGGCUGUCACAAGGAAGGCUUUGUUGUGGCCUAUGUGAAUUGUCCCUGAGAAUAUAGCACAUACCCUAUUCACAGUAGUUUAUAUAGCCUAAACGGUUUACAUGUCACUGAGUUGUAAACACUCGUUUUAAGUAAAGUACUAGGCUACUAGUUAUCUUCUUUUCAAUGCAAAUUAUGGUUUUAAACAAGCCUGUGUAGCGUGUACAUUCUCACUGAUCAGUUAGCCUGUCUGCCGCUGCCUCUCUCUCCGCGUGGUUUACAAACCCUGUUUUAGACAGUGGAGGAUAAUAGUUUUAACCCCAGAGUCAUGUGAUCUACUCGUACCAACUGACCUACAGGCUGAUGCUAGCAGAGGGGGAUGGGGGUUCAUGCUCUCCAGUGUGAGCGGAUAGGAAGGUGAAAUGUGUUACUACUGUUUUGUGGUCCGCAAACUAGGUAUGGACGUGAGUACUCGAACGGACGUCAACUCGAUCUUUAACCAGAGAUGAUUUGUUGUUUUAUGCUGUAAAACUAUUUGGUCAAAAAAUUUUAUUGGAGACAAUGUUGUUUUGCUUUGACUAAUGUUCAAUUUGUACAUGUGCAUUUGCGGAACACAACAAAAAAGAAACCAAGCCAAGCAUCAUACAUUUCUGCUCCCUAAAUUCCCUUUACCCUCCUUGUUUCACUCACUCAAUUGGGUUCCGACCGCUCCCUCUACACACGUGUGCUGAGUGCACACACAAGCUCCUGUUAGGCCUACAUAAAUAAAUGCCUAUAAAAACGUACCUAACUGAUGGGAUACACAAGCUACAUUCCUUUCCAAAUGACGUCAGUUUUAUCACAAAUUCAAAAUGGACUGGUUGACUGAAUUAGGGAAAUAUGUCUUCCAACAUUUUCCAUUUAUGCUACUUUGCGGUUGUCACUAGUUACCACAAAGUCUAAAUUGGCUAUACGUAACAAUUCAUGAAAACAAAAAUGUGCUUUUUGGUCUUAAUUUAAGGUUAGUUGCGUGGUUAGGGUUAAAGGUUAGGUUUAAAAUGAGAUUUUAAGAAGAUACAUUGUAGAAACAGGCAGGGUUUAUGGCCUUGUGGCUGUGGUAACUAGUGACGACCCCCACUUUGCGAACUUCUAGUGCCAUUUAGAAUUGGUUAGCCUAGGCUAUAUAUAACCCCCGUAAACAUAGACAGGUUGUACUCUGAAAAUAUGCAAAAACAUCAUUUGAAUAAGAGUAUUUUCAUCAGAAUCAUUAAGCCUAGGCCUACUCACCAAACAGAUGUCAUGGCCGUAAUUCAUCCCCGUGGAAUGUUCAAUGUGGAAUUGUUAUUCUAUUUUGAAAAUUCCAAAGAACAGGCAAUAUAUAUAUAUAUAAGAUUUUGGUUUGUAACCCUUUUCAAAUGAUCAGAUGUGCGUCACUUCGCACUAUUCUGUUCUAUUUUAUUCUGUUAUUACAUUUGUACAUUUUAGUCAUUUAGCAGAUGCUAUUAUCCAGAGCGAUUUACAGGAGCAAUUAGGGUUAAGUGCCUUGCUCAUGGGCACAUAGACAUAUUUUUUUCACCUAGUCGGCUCUGGGAUUCGAAGCAGCAACCUUUCGGUUACUGGCCCAAAGCUCUUAAUUGAUACUACAACAUAGAUGUGUCUUGACUGUGAUAAGGUCUCGGGAAAUAAGAGAGUCUUGUCUGCUAAAUUAACAAAACAAGGCUGUGCCAUUGCACAGCUAUAGGCUUCUACAAGAAAGUGCCACACUGCUGAGGUUACUACCUUUUUGGGGGGCAACUCAAUAUUAGAAAGGUGUUCUUAAUGUUUUGUACACUCAGUGUAUAUAUAAGGCAAGUUAGAAAUUAGAAUUCGUUAUCUUUAAUGGUUAUGAUAAAUUAGGCAUUGUUGCGCAAUGUUGGCAUAGAUAAAUGUGCAAAUUUUUUUCCAGUGCGGGCCUUGUGUUCUAAAAGUAGCUUUUCUUUCCUUUAUUCCCCGAGUAUUCAGAAAAAAAUCAUGCCAGUACUUGAACAGUCAAAGGUCAAAUUCCCAUCCCUACCACAAACGACAGUUCAAGUGCUCACAAUGUUCUCACACACAAUUUCCUCUCUCCCCCUCUUUCUGUCUCUCUCUCUCCCUCUACAGACCGCCUUAAGCUCCUUUUUCCAGGAGGCCAACAUCCCUAGUCACCACCACCAGAUGGUAAGUGCAUUUUGUUCCCCCUAAAAAAUGAAAAAAGGGCUUAAGGCAUGUAUUACAUUAUGUCAGUGUGUUCAGGGAGCUAAUUUACAGCAUGGCUGCAGUGUCAGUGGCCAGGCCAAUCUGCUCCUCCUCUUCAGUCAGACAGACAGAGGGACAGAUGCAGACAGGACAGGACUAGAGCCAUGGACAUAGUAGUACAGCCCCGUCUGGCAGAGUGGCAUCAAUGGAGUUAUCUCUUCUGAGUAGUAUAGUCUACAUCCUUCUGUACUACUCAAUGGUGCUUAGUGGUUUUCCACACAGCCCAAGCCUUUUAGGGUAAGCUUACUUAAGAGAUACUGCCACAUGGACUGGCACCAUGCUUUUUAGUGCAACACACGUUUCAUAUCAUGAAUUCUUAAACCUUACACAAUAUUUUGAAACCUUUUCCUUCAACAUGUAUUGCAUGAAAAUACGCAUUGUUGUGCCAAUUCCCUAUGUCAGGCACAGCGAAGUAGCUAGUUCCCAAUAGCUAAUUUCAUUGCGAUGAAAGCAAUGGCACAAGGCUAGCCCCUGUCCUUGGCCCAAGCCAAUUUACGCAAUGCUAUUCCCUAACGGCUAUCGUGAUCAUGUGGUCCGUGCAUGACACCAUUUCUGCUUCAACUGACCAGUUAAAGCCCCGGAGCAGUGAGUUGGAAAUGUAACAAUGUUUCCCACAUGGAGGCUGUGCAGUGAGCAUGCAGUGUUGGCAUGCAGACUGAACCCAGCCAUCCCCUUAACAUCUGUCUGUCUGCUUCUGCUCUGCUGCUGCUGGAACAAUGUUUUUGUUAUCUCUCCGUUCUUUCCCUUCCUCUCGGGUGGGAGGAGCAUGUUCUAGCUUGAGAGCGAGAGAGAGAGAGGAGAGUGUGUGGCCAGGGUUUGUUAUUAUUUUCGGUUCAGCCAUUACAUCAUACCGCUGGAGGGUGUUUGUAUGUGUGUGCGCGAGUGUGUACAAGUGUGUUUGUGUGUGAGGCGAGCAUGUGCAUGUUGGGAGGAGGAGUGAUGUAAGCGAGCUAUCUGCUAGAGAGGAGGAGGAAGGGCUGUUAAAGGGUAGAGAGAAAGAGAGAGUGAUUGUGGAGAGGCAGUUAACAGCAGCUGCAAGCCAUCUCCAUGUAUUGGUUAGUCCCUCUCUCUCUAGGCUGCCCUGCAGUCUCCUUGGGGCCUGGGGGAGCCACAGGGGAACAGUGGGCGUGGGGAAGAAAGCGCUCAGUGUAGCAACAAUAAUGGACACAACACUGCCCUCAAUCAAACACUAUUGACUAUAUACUGAGAACAAAGGUAUAUAAAGGACUCUCGUAGCCUUAAACCUACACAGACGUCAAAUUUCCACAACCACUUGACAUCAAGGGUUGCAUUGCUUGUUGUAAACAUGGGGCUGGGGUUCUUUAAAUUAGGCCUAGUACUUGACCUGAGAAAACAAGUCAUAAUAAGUUUGGUGUCCUAGAGGAUGACAUUCCUAUAUCAAUUUAAUCUGUACUCAAUCUGGUGUAGAGAAGCCACAACCAGUUGAAUGACUGUUUCUUUUCUGACUGAUGUGUACUCUGUACAUCAGUAAUGUAUGGAAAGAGGGUAAUGCACUCUGUAGUGGUGGUGGUAGUGGUAGUAGUAGUGCAUGACACGUGUCAUGCAUAUAGUGCAUGUGGAAAGUAUUCAGACCCCUUGACGUUUUCCACAUUUUGUUACGUUACAGCCUUGUUCUAAAAUUGAUUCAAUUAAACAUUUUCGUCACACAAUACUCCAUAAUGACAACGCGAAAACAGGUUUUUAGAAAUACCUUAUUUACAUAAGUAUUCAGACCCUUUGCUAUGAAUCUCGAAAUUGAGUUUAGGUGCAUCCUGUUUCCAUUGAUCUUUCUACAAGUUGAUUGGAGUCCAGCUUUUGUAAAUUCAAUUGAUUGGACAUGAUUUGGAAAGUGCAUGUCAGAGCAAAAACCAAGCCAUAAGGUUGAAGGAAUUGUCCGUAGAGCUCCGAGACAGGAUUGUGUCGAGGCACAGAUCUGGGGAAGGGUACCAAAAAAUGUAGAACCACCAAGACUCUUCCUAGAGCUGGCCGCCCGGCCAAACUGAGCAAUCGGGGGAGAAGGGCCUUGUCAGGGAGGUGACCAAGAACCCGAUAGUCACUCUGACAGAACUCUAGUGUUCCUCUGUGGAGAUGGGAGAACCUUCCAGAAGGACAACCAUCUCUGCAGCACUCCACCAAUCAGGUCUUUAUGGUAGAGUGGCCAGAUGGAAGCCACUCCUCAGUAAAAGGCACAUGACAGCCCGCUUGGAGUUCGCCAAAAGACACCUAAAGACUCUCAGACCAUGAGAAACAAGAUUCUCUGGUCUGAUGAAACCAAGAUUGAACUCUUUGGCCUGAAUGCCAAGCAUCACGUCUGGAGGAAACCUGGCACCAUCCCUAUGGUGAAGUAUGGUGGUGGCAGCAUCCUGCUGUGGGGAUGUUUUUCAGUGGUUGGGACUGGGAGACUAGUCAGGAUCGAAGAAAAGAUGAACGGAGCAAAGUACAGAGAGAUCCUUGAUGAAAACCUGCUCCAGACUGGGGGGACGGUUCACCUUCCAACAGGACAACGACCCUAAGCACACAGCCAAGACAAUGCAGGAGUGGCUUGGGGACAAGUCUCUGAAUGUCCUUGAGUGGCCCAGCCAGAGCCCGAACUUGAACCCGAUCGAACAUCUCUGGAGAGAUCUGAAAAUGGCUGUGCAGCGACGCAACCCAUACUACCUGACAGAGCUUGAGAGGAUCUGCAGAGAAGAAUAGGAGAAACUCCCCAAAUACAGGUGUGCCAAGCUUGUAGCGUCAUACCCAAGAAGACUCGAGGCUGUAAUCGCUGCCAAAGGUGCUUCAACAAAGUAUUUGUAUUUUAUUAUUAUUGAUCCCCAUCUUCCUGGGGUCCAGUAAAAUUAAGGCAGUUAUACAUUUGAAAAACAUUACAAUACAUUCAAAACAGAUUUCACAACAUAUUAAGUGUAUUUCCUCAGGCCUCUACUCUACUACCACAUAUCUAUAACACAAAAUCCAUGUGUACAUGUGUGUAUAGUGCGUAUGUUAUCUUGUGUUUGCAUCCAUGUGUUUAUGUUUGUGUUGCUUCACAGUCCCCGCUGUUCUAUAAGGUGUAUUUUUACCUGUUUUUAAAAAUCAGAUUCUACUGCUUGCAUCAGUUACCUGAUGUGGAAUAGAGUUCCAUGUAGCCAUGGCUCUAUGUAGUACUAUGUGCCUCCCAUAGUCUGUUCUGGACUUGGGGACUGUGAAGAGACCUCUGGUGGCAUGUCUUGUGGGGUAUGCAUGGGUGUCCGAGCUGUGUGCCAGUAUUCCAAACAGACACCUCUUACAAAAACAAGCAGUGAUGAAGUCAAUCUCUCUUCCACUCUGAGCCAGGAGAGACUGACAUGCAUGUCAUUAAUGUUAGCUCUCCGUGUACAUUUAAGUGCCAGCCGUGCUGCCCUGUUCUGAGCCAACUGCAAUUUUCCCAAGUCCCUCUUUGUGGCACCUGACCACACUACUGAACAGUAGUCUAGGUGCAACAAAACUAGGGCCUGUAGGACCUGCCUUGUUCAUAGUGUUGUUAAGAAGGCAGAGCAGCGCUUAAUUAUGGACGUACUUCUCCCCAUCUUAGCUACUGUUGUAUCAAUAUGCUUUGACCAUGACAGUCUACAAUCCAGGGUUACUCCAAGCAAUUUAGUCACCUCAACUUGCUCAAUUUCCACAUUAUUCAUUACGAGAUGUAGUUGAGGUUUAGGGUUUAGUGAAUGAUUUAACCCAAAUACAAUGCUUUUAGUUUUGGAAAUAUUCAGGACUAACUUAUUCCUUGCCACCCAUUCUGAAACUAACUGCAACUCUUUGUUAAGUGUUGCAGUAAUUUCAGUUGCUGUAGUAGCUGACGUGUAUAGUGUUGAGUCAUCCGCAUACAUAGACACACUGGCUUUACUCAAAGCCAGUGGCAUGUCGUUAGUAAAAAUUGAAAAAAGCAAGCGGCCUAGACAGCUGCCCUGGGGAAUUCCUAAUUCUACCAGGAUUAUGUUUGAGAGGCUUCCAUUAAAGAACACCCUCUGUGUUCUGUUAGACAAGUAACUCUUUAUCCACAUUAUAGCAGGGGGUGUAAAGCCAUAACACAUACGUUUUUCCAGCAGCAGACUAUGAUCGAUAAUGUCAAAAGCUGCACUGAAGUCUAACAAAACAGCCCCCACAAUCUUUUUAUCAUCAAUUUCUCUCAGCCAGUCAUCAGUCAUUUGUGUAAGUGCUGUGCUUGUUGAAUGUCCUUCUCUUAAGCAUGCUGAAAGUUUGUUGUCAAUUUGCUUACAGUAAAAUAGCAUUGUAUCUGGUCAAUACCAUUUUUUCCAAUCGUUUACUAAGGGUUGGUAACAGGCUAAUUGGUCGGCUGUUUGAGCCAGUAAAGGGGGCUUUACUAUUCUUAGGUAGCGGAAUGACUUUUGCUUCCCUCCAAGCCUGGGGGCACACACAUUCUAGUAGGCUUAAAUUGAAAAUAUGGCAAAUAGGAGUGGCAAUAUCGUCCGCUAUUAUCCUCAACAAUUUUCCAUCCAAGUUGUCAGACCCCAGUGGCUUGUCAUUGUUAAUAGACAACAAUAAUUUGUUCACCUCUUCCACACUCACUUACUGAGUAAAAGGUCUGAAUACUUAUGUAAAUGUGGUUUUUCAGUUUAUUAAAUAAAAACCUGUUUUUACUUUGUCAUUAUGGGGUAUUGUGUGUAGAUUGAUGAGGAUUUUUAUUUAUUUAAUCCAUUUUAGAAUAAGGCUGUAACGUAACAACGUGCAAAAUGGGAUCGGGUCUGAAUACUUUCCGAAUACAUUGUAUGUCAUCUCACCUGUUUCCUCUCUGGUGUGUGAGCCCAUGAGGGAUGUGACUGUUUGUGAGGUACAUGGAGUGUGUUGCUGUGUGGCUGUACAAGCUCUACCCUGCGCCUUCUGAUGACAAAACAAGACUAUAAAUACUGUAGGAGAAGUUCUGGUUUGAGCCCAGAGCCUGACCAAAUAUAAUGAAUUACUCCUUUACGAGGACCUUCCUGUAAACUAGUCAAACUACUACCACCACCACUACCACUACUAUUGUCACUACUACUACUACUACUACUACUACUUCUACUACUACUACCACAACCACCACUACUACCACUACCACCACCACUACUAUUAUUACCACUACUACUACUAGCACCACCACCACUUCUACCACUACUAUUAUUAUCACCACCACUACUACCACUACUAUUAUCACCAUCACUACUACUACUACUACUACUACCACUACUAUUACUACUACUACUACUACUACUACUAUUAUCACCACUACUACUACUACUACUACUACUACUACUAUCACUACUACUACUACUACUACCACUACAAUUAUCACCAUCACUACUACUACUACUACUACUAUUAUCACCACUACUACCGCUACUACUACCACUACCACUACCACUACUACUACUCCUGUAGCUGUACCACUAUUAUAAACAUUAAGGAUGAUAUCGCAACAGUUGUAACUUGAUAGUAUGUAGUGUUCAAACUCCCUUGUGAAUGUGUGUAUGUGUAUUGUGUAACAGUGGGGGUCAUAUGGGCGGCAGAUGGGGUCCAGUCCAGACCUGCCCUCCCUCUCAGCCGAAACCUGCUAGACUAGGCCCUUGCCCCACCCUCCCAGCACAGCACAGCACUGUAGCUAAACACAGCCCAGCAUACGGUCGCCAUUUUUUUGUUCUGUCUACCUACUCACUGCUUCACUGGGACCAAGCCUUAUAGUUAGCAAGCCAGCUGCACCUGGACAGUCUAAGCAACUGUAGACCAGUGCUUCUCAGUUGACUUUAUUGCUUUAUAGCUACAUUUUAUUACUUGACUAGAUAAGUCAUAUUUGAAUAUCUCCUUUACUAUGGAUUUCCAUAACAAACAAGUUGAAUAAUUCACAGCUUAAAGCGGUACUCAGUCACGUCUCUCCAAAGAAAAACAGGAAACCCCCUGUAGGGACCACCAUCAUGGGUCUUGCAGUUCUCCUAACUGGAGCAGCUGCUGCUCACUCUGACAGACCUGUCACCUCACAUCAACACUGAGACUGUGCCUCACUCCCUCACAAUACACUCAAUACUAUACUGUAUACUACAGUACUGUCUGCUCCCUCCACUUUCAAAGUGUGUAGUAUCUUAGCUAGCUAUGAACAUGCCUGCCCCUGGGUCUAAUCUGGUUUGAUGACCUAAUCAAUUUACCUUUUCAACUUUAGACACCUCUUUCAUACUAUUAAAGGCACAUUUAGUGUGUGUGUGUGACCCUCAUGUCAGCGGGGCCAUGGCUGUGUGUUAUAAAUAAAACAGCCCUCACCCUGACUUGCUGCAAUGCUAAGAGGUCCUCUCUCCUUUUAUGGCUGCUAGCCUGCUACCUGAUCCCUGUUGGUGGUGGGGGUGUUUCUAUCCGGAGGCACCACACCACACUCAGUCUAAAUUACAUAUUAUAAAGUAAUUGAUGGCCUCCGUGGGGACAUCUGACAUUUUGUGUAACUGCACUGUGUGUGUAGCUGCCAUGUUUAACACAGUGAAUGGAUGUAGGUGGCUGCUGUACUGUAAUUAUCAGCAGUUGUACUGCAGACAAUGCCCAAGGCUACAAGUGAACUGCCUCCCACAACAGUAACUAACUAGUCUAGGCUAUGUGGUUUAUGAACUCACCAAUCAUGCCUUCUAUUGGUACAUACAGUUCACAGCAGGCAGCAGCAAUGGAAGCACCCCAUAGGGACCAAAUUCAUAAUUGGGACUGAAUGUGUUUAAUGAAGUGUUUGCAUUCAACUCAAUGUAAGUCAGUCAUCGUCUUCUGUUUUCCAGAUGUGCACUCCAAGGAACACCCCAGCCACACCACCUAACUUCCCCGACACCAUUACCAUGUUCUCCAAGCUGAGGGCGUCAGACUGCUCGGGGAGCUCCGGAGGCGGAGGUCCCACCCAGGUGUCCAUGGCCUGCUCCCCCCCCUCCUCCACAGCUGGCUUCGGAUCCUUCUGGGCCUCAUCACCCCCCAACCACCAGCCCGUCUGGCUGCCCCCCUCCUCGCCCACAGGCCACCACAUGCACCACUACCAGCACCACCACCACCACAUGCACCAGACCCCCAUGUGGCCCCCUGUGUCCCAGCCCGGCAGUGCCCAGCAGACCCCUGUUGUAUCGGCCCUGCAUGGCCAGAGAUGAGACUCUACCCAGGGUUUGGG